CCUUUUUUUUUUUUCUUGAUGAUAAAGGAGGCCUCCCUCCCUUCUUAAAUGCCCCACAGCCUCACUAUCUCCACCUGUCUCCCACCACCAUCAUUCACACUUCAAACUGCCCUUCUCCAUUUCCCAACCUUUCACCUCCUACUCCCCCUGCACUCUCUCUAAACAUCUCCUGCCUCCCCACUACCAGAACCCAAAUUAAACACUGAUGGGCUCAAGGAUAGGUGGAAUGGGUGGAUCAGUGAUGCUGCUAUUGGUGGCUCAACUAUGGGUUGGGUUGGUGGCGGUGUGUGAGGGGCAGGGCCUGGUCCCUGGGGUCAUGAUCUUUGGAGACUCGGUCGUCGACGUCGGCAACAACAACAACCGUCUCACUCUUGUGAAGGCCAACUUCCCCCCGUAUGGGAGAGAUUUUGCCAACCAUAUUCCGACUGGAAGGUUUUGUAAUGGCAAACUAGCAACUGACUUCACUGUGGAGAAUCUUGGGUUCACUUCAUAUCCACCGGCCUAUCUUAGCGAACAGGCCACGGGGAAGAACCUCUUGUCCGGUGCCAACUUUGCGUCUGGUGCUUCUGGCUACUUGGACAGUACAUCAACCCUUUAUGGUGCUAUCUCACUAAAUCAGCAGCUGAGGAACUACAAAGAUUACCAGUCCAAGGUGGAGAAGGUAGCAGGGAGGGCAAAUGCUACGGCCCUCUUCACCGGAUCUAUCUACGUAGUGAGUGCAGGGGCCAGUGAUUUCGUGCAGAACUACUACAUCAACCCCGUGGUUAACAGGGCCUACACCCCGGACCGGUUUGCCGAUUUGGUCGUACAAAACUUCAACACUUUCAUUGAGGGUCUAUACAACUUGGGAGCUCGGAGGAUCGGGGUAACUUCGCUGCCACCGCUGGGCUGUCUUCCAGUAGCCAUCACCCUGUUUGGCGGUGGCAGCAGUGACUGCAUCACCCGCCUCAACAACGAUGCAAUAGUCUUUAACAAGAAGCUCAACACCGCCGGCCAGACCCUGAGGAAGAGCCAUCCUAGACUGAAGCUGGUUGUGUUUGACAUCUACAACCCCCUGCUUGACCUUAUCAGGCACCCUGAAAAUAAUGGGUUCUUUGAAGCAAGGAAGGCAUGCUGUGGGACUGGGACCAUUGAGACAUCUCUUCUCUGCAACACGGGGUCACCGGGUACAUGCGCCAAUGCCACCGGGUAUGUGUUCUGGGAUAGUGUCCACCCAACUGAGGCUGCCAAUCAGCUCUUGUCGGAUGCCCUCCUCACCCAAGGCAUUGAUCUCAUCUCCUAAGCAAUGCAAUCACACUCAAAAUCUCUACGUAUUUAUGAUCUACUAUCAGUUUUAUCUAUGUCGACUAGCUCAGUAGUAUACUUUGUAUACCAGUGGGAGUGUGGGCUGUAUUUUUAGGUUAGUCUUUCAUCUUGAGGGGCAGGUGGUCUAGUGCUGGAAGCGUGUGCUUAGUGGGGCCUUGCAGAGAGGAAAUGCGUUAUAGAUGGUGGUGAGCUCACCCACCACUUCUGGAGUUCAGAAAGUACUUUACUACUAUGACGAUAAUAAAAAUGCGGAUCAUCAAGCUACAAUUUCCUGUUCUUUAA